GGUAUACUGUAGUAAUUCCCAAUACAUUAGAACAUUUACAGUGAUUAGCAAAGGAAAAGACAUAUUUAGGUUCAGCGCAACGAAUGCAAUGUGGAUAUUGGAUCCGUUUAAUCCGAUCCGUCGAGUGGCCAUAUAUAUGCUCGUUCAUCCACUCUUCAGUUUUCUAGUUAUCGUUACAAUUCUUGUUAAUUGCAUUCUUAUGACAUUACCGCCCGAAGAUUCCAUCGAACGAACUGAAGUUAUAUUCACCACAAUUUAUACAUUUGAGUCGUGUCUCAAAGUGGCCGCAAGAGGUUUCAUAUUAGAGCCGUUCACAUAUCUAAGGGACCCCUGGAAUUGGCUCGACUUUGUUGUAAUAGCCUUAGCCUACCUUACAAUGGGUGUGAAAGAACUUGGUAAUCUCAGCGCAUUGAGGACUUUUCGAGUACUUCGAGCCUUAAAAACUGUUGCUAUAAUUCCUGGAAUGAAGACAAUAGUGGGGGCAGUGAUAGAGUCAGUAAAGAAUUUGAAGGACGUAAUAAUACUGACCUGCUUUUCGUUAUCCGUAUUUGCCUUAUUGGGACUACAAGUAUAUAUGGGUGUAUUGACACAAAAGUGUAUUCUUAUCGCUCCGGAAGGGCUGUCCGAUAUUCAGUGGUUUAAUUGGUGUAGCAAUAGUUCGCACUGGUAUGUCAAAGGUGAUGCCAAGGAGCCCUACCUGUGCGGAAAUAGUUCACAACAAUGUCCUCCAACGUACAUGUGUUUGCAAGGGUAUGGCGAGAACCCUGACCAUGGUUAUACCAAUUUCGACACAUUCGGGUGGGCAUUGCUGUCGUCCUUCCGACUCAUGACUCAAGACGCGUGGGAAACGUUGUACCAAAUGAUACUGCGAGUGACGGGACCAUGGCACAUCGGCUUCUUCAUCGUGGUCAUCUUUUUGGGUUCAUUUUACUUAUUGAAUCUCAUUUUGGCGAUCGUCGCCAUGUCUUACGACGAACUCCAGAAGAAGGCCGAAGAGGAAGAGGAGGCGGCGGCGGCCGAAGAGGCGGCCUAUGCCGAGGCCUGUCGACAGGCAGAAGAGGACGCAGCCAUGAGAGAGAGCGGAGUCGUCACCGCAUCCAUUAGGGAGAGCGGUGUUGUCAAGAGUCCAUCCGAUUAUUCAUGUCGUUCUUAUGAUAUCUAUGCCAGUGCUGGUGUCGGACAUCACGACAGAGCACCUGAUGAUAGGGAUCUCAAAGAGAGGUCUUCUAUCAAGAGUGAUGACGGAGACAAUGGUCUGACAAACGAACAACGAAACCGAUUGAACGGCAAAAUGAGAAAAAAAUUCUUAAGACUCUGCAAAAUAUAUUAUAUAAUAGAAGUAGUGAACCGUAGAUUAUCCAUUGCUCUGUGUCCAAAAUGCGAGUGCACUGGACUUAAUUGGAUUUUGUGGGAUGCGUUGUCUAUGAGUGCAUGUGUUAGCUCGGCAUGUGUUGGCACCGAUCACAUAAAUAGCUGUAUUUCGGUUUUGUAUCCUUCACAGGCAAGUCUGAGUCUUCCCGGUUCGCCCUUCAAUUUGCGUCGGGGCAGUCGCGGCAGUCAGUUCAGUGUGCACUGGGCCCGAACCAAUGGCCGACGCUUUGGUGACCGCAAACCACUAGUGCUGCAAACCUAUUUGGACGCUCAGGAGCACCUGCCCUAUGCCGACGAUAGCACUGCCGUCACACCCAUGUCCGAGGAAAACGGCGCUAUUAUUAUUCCUGUGUAUAAUACAAAUCUCAAUUCAAGGCAUUCCAGCUAUACUUCGCAUUCAUCCAGAAUAUCAUACACUUCUCACGGAGACAUCUAUGGCCGCGGAGGAGCUCUUUGGACCAAAGAGAGUCAACUUAGAUCCCGACGCAAUCUUCACCAGUAUUACAAUGAGGUCGAUUUGUUAGAUCAGGAGGAAUACAUGAUUGCCGUCAAACAUAAGCAAAAUGAGAACCCAUUCCUCGACCAACAGCCGUCUCCACGCCAUGCGAUGGUUGAUAUGAAAGGUUGUCAUCACAUGUCAUACACACUAACCAUAUCAACGAUUAAUGACCAGUUUUUGUGUAUCAUUUUAGAUGUAAUGGUUCUCAACGACAUCAUAGAGCAGGCGGCGGGGCGUCAGAGCAAAGAUAGUGAUAGAGAAGCAGAUAGCGGACACAUUAAACAUUAUACAGUUUCCAUCUAUUAUUUUCCCUCAGAUAAGGAAGAGAGCGAAAAACCUUUGUUUAAGGAAAGGUUUCUCAGCGGUUGUCUUAAGUGUAUAGAUAUUCUGUGUGUUUGGGACUGUUGUUGGUGUUGGGUUCGAGUGCAGGAAUUGGUGGCACUCAUUGUAUUCGACCCAUUCAUGGAGCUGUUCAUCACACUAUGCAUUGUUGUGAAUACGCUGUUCAUGGCUAUGGAUCACCACAAUAUGGACAAAGACUUUGAGAGUGCUCUACAAAAUGGCAAUUAUUUUUUUACGGCUACGUUCGCCAUCGAAGCGGGCAUGAAAUUGAUUGCUUUGAGUCCAAAGUUUUACUUCCGCGAGGGUUGGAAUAUAUUUGACUUCGUUAUAGUUGUGUUGUCUUUAUUAGAACUGGGAUUAGCGUCCGUCUCAGGCCUAUCAGUGCUCCGCUCAUUCAGAUUAGUGAGUCUUUCAAUGAUUAUUGCAAAUGAAUGUCGAUUGCGAUUAACGACAAAUUUGCGAGUAUUCAAGUUAGCCAAGUCUUGGCCGACACUCAAUCUCCUCAUUUCCAUUAUGGGUAAAGCUGUCGGAGAUCUCGGAAAUCUGACUUUUGUAUUAGCGAUCAUUAUAUUCAUAUUUGCUGUGAUGGGAAUGCAAUUGUUUGGUAAAAACUAUACGGUCGAGGGUUUCGACGGAGAAGAGAUUCCCCGCUGGAAUUUUGUCGACUUUAUGCACUCUUUUAUGAUUGUAUUCCGUGUUUUAUGCGGCGAAUGGAUUGAGUCGAUGUGGGACUGUAUGCGUGUGUCGGGUGCCCCGUGUGUGCCCUUCUUUCUGGCCACUGUAGUGAUCGGCAAUUUAGUUGUACUCAACCUCUUCUUAGCCCUAUUGCUGUCCUCGUUUGGUGCGUCCAAUCUGUCGGCGCCCACGAGUGACAGCGCAGACACUAAGAAAUUACAGGAAGCCUUCGACCGCUUUUCUCGAGGGGGCAAAUGGGUUAAGAAUCAAGUGCUUCACGCUUUGAAGAUAAUAAGAUCGAAAACUCGGAAUCAAAUCGGAGAUCAAACGGCAGACAUCAGAGAAGAAAUGGACGAAAUGACUGGCGGAGAGAUAGUGCUGAUGGACGGACAAGUGAUACGAGACAAAAAGCUGAGUCCAAAAGAUCACACGGAACUGGAGGUCGUUGUUGGCGAUGGUCUGGAGAUUGCAAUACAGGCCGGAAAACUAAAGUUUCAAAACAGCGCUCGGAAUGUAUUAAAUUCAGUGAAAUUAGGAAAUGCUAUAAAAGACGCACAAAUGGAGAAGAUUGUGAUCAAUGCUGACAAUCGAGGCCUGAGAGACGACGACAACCUCAGCAACAAUUCCUACAAUAGCCUCAAAAAGCCGUCCAGUCGUUCAUCACUCGAUGAGGACAAGAAAGAUAGCGAAGACCUCAUGGGCUCUAAGGAAGAGCUGAACAAAAAUGGAGAACUCAAUGGAAUGGCAGAGAAUGUGGACGCAGACAAGUUAGAGACGGCCACCGCUGAUGUGAUCAUCAGUGAAUACCCGUCCGAUUGCUUCCCCGAUAACUUGUAUCGGUUCUGUCCGUCUUGUCUCGAAGAGACACCCUUUUUGCUCCGGUGGAAAGAAAUUAGAUUAAGGGCUUAUCAAUUGGUGGAGCACAAGUACUUCGAAACACUGGUCAUUACACUUAUCCUGAUCAGCAGUAUUGCACUGGCGUUAGAAGACGUGAAUCUUAAAAAAGAUGAAACAUUUAUGGAAUACUUAGGAUAUAUGGAUAAGUUCUUUACAGUUAUAUUUUUAUUUGAAAUGCUUAUCAAAUGGUUGGCCUUCGGAUUCGCGAAGUACUUCACGAACGCCUGGUGUUGGCUCGACUUCUCUAUAGUUAUGAGUAGACGUGCGUUGAGCACUACAGGGGCACAGAAUACGGGUGCGAAUGUCUCCAUAUUUAACUGGGCAGUUGGCUUAGCAGGUUUAGGCAAAAUACCUGCUUUCAAAACCAUGAGGACAUUGCGAGCACUUCGGCCGCUGAGGGCAAUGUCCCGUUUGGAAGGCAUGAGAGUAUCGGUGAUCAAUCUAGUGGCCACGUGGUUCGGUGCCGGCAAAAUCCAGGCCUUUAAAACUAUGCGAACUCUUCGAGCGCUGAGACCUCUGAGAGCUCUCUCCCGAUUCCAAGGAAUGCGGGUUGUGGUGAAUGCUCUCAUCCAAGCAAUUCCGGCCAUCUUUAAUGUAUUACUCGUUUGUCUUAUAUUUUGGUUAAUCUUCUCAAUAAUGGGAGUCCAACUAUUUCUGGGAAAAUUUUAUCAAUGCAUUGACAACACGACGAAAAUUAAAUUUAACUCAACUUAUAUACCAAAUAAGUUGACGUGUCUUAACACGAAUGGUACGAUUUGGUACAAUCCGCAGAUGAAUUUCGACAAUGUCCUCAACGCAUAUCUUUCACUCUUCCAAAUUGCCACAUUUAAGGGUUGGCUCCCAAUUAUGGACAAUGCGAUUGACUCCCAGCAGAAGGAGUUCGAUCAGCCAGAAAAAGAAGUCAAUCUAUACAUGUACUUGUAUUUUGUGUUCUUCAUUAUAUUUGGUUCAUUUUUUACGCUAAAUCUGUUCAUUGGAGUGAUUAUUGAUAACUUCAAUGAGCAAAAGAAGAAGGCCGGAGGAUCUCUCGAGAUGUUUAUGACUGAAGACCAGAAGAAAUACUAUAACGCCAUGAAAAAGAUGGGAUCCAAGAAACCGGCCAAAGCUAUACCCCGUCCCAGAGUAUGCACUCAUCUCUAUCGCCACAAUACUAUCAUAAAUGUGUUGGCAUUCAUUAAAUGUAUGUUUUGUUUGUACUUUCAGUUCAAACUUCAGGCAAUAAUCUUCGACGUGACCACAAACAAGAAGUUCGAUAUGAUUAUAAUGCUGUUCAUCGCUCUUAAUAUGAUCGUUAUGGCAAUGGAUCAGUACAGGGAAUCCGAAACAUACAAUCUUAUACUCGAACGCCUCAACUUAUUCUUCAUCGCUGUAUUUACGGCCGAAUGUAUGCUCAAAAUAUUUGCAUUGCGUUGGUAUUACUUCAAAGAGCCCUGGAAUGUGUUCGACUUCGUGGUCGUCACUCUAUCCAUCUUAGGUCCAGUCAAACCAUUUCCACCACAGUUUCAAUUCGUUGCUAAAUGCUAUCCUUUUUUUUCAUUGCAAACUUUAGGAGUUUUACUCAAGGAUUUGGUCGCUAAAUAUCUGGUAUCUCCGACUCUAUUACGUGUGGUACGAGUGGUAAAAGUGGGCCGAGUAUUACGUCUAGUGAAGGGCGCGCGGGGUAUCAGAACCCUGUUGUUCGCUCUGGCGAUGUCACUGCCGGCCCUCUUCAACAUCUGUCUGCUGCUGUUUUUGGUGAUCUUCAUAUACGCCAUAUUCGGGAUGUCGUUCUUCAUGAAUGUGAAGCCCAGAUAUGGUGUCGACGAGACGUUCAAUUUCGGCACAUUCUUCAAGUCGUUUAUCCUGUUGUUCCAAAUGUCCACUUCCGCGGGUUGGGACGGAGUGUUGGCCGCCAUCAUGGAUGAGACCGACUGCGAGCCAUCCAGAACUGACUUCGAGGGCAAUUGUGGCAACAGAGGCAUUGCCAUCGCCUUUUUGGUGUCAUAUCUAAUCAUCGGAUUCUUGAUCAUCAUAAACAUGUAUAUCGCCGUCAUAUUAGAGAACUACAGUCAGGCCACUGAAGACGUUCACGAAGGCCUUACCGAUGAUGACUACGACAUGUAUUACGAGAUUUGGCAGAAGUUUGAUCCGAAAGGCACUCAAUUCAUACCAUUCCACGCUUUGCCGGACUUCGUUCACGCACUCGAAGAACCCCUUCAGAUACCAAAGCCUAACAAAUAUAAAUUAAUUUCAAUGGAUAUUCCCAUUUGUGUGGGAGAUAUGUGUUAUUGUGUGGACAUUUUGGAUGCGUUGACCAAAGACUUCUUCGCGAGAAAGGGUCACGUGAUUGAAGAGACGGCAGAGUUGGCAGAAGUGGCGCCUCCGAAGUUGGGAGAGUUUGAACACAUUAGCAGCACUUUGUGGCGCCAGAGAGAGGUCUACUGUUCGUCAAUCAUUCAACAGUGUUGGAGGGAUUACAUCGACCGGAAGGCCAACUGUAAGUCCGACGACCCGAACGACCCAUCGCUGGGACAGUCGACGGCCAUAAUAGUGGAGAGUGACGGACACGUCACCAAACAUGGGCACAAAGUUGUGAUUCACUCGCGAUCGCCAAGCAUUUCAAGCAGUCGUUUCACUGAUGUG